AUGAACAAGGAUGUCGGUGGCACUUGGCUGAACAAUACAUAUCCCAACUGUCGAUGUGAUGUAACGAGCCAUAUGUACUCGUAUAGCUUUGAGAUGAACCCUAACUGGUCGCAAACCUUUAGUACACAGCCUGAAAUCCUUCAGUAUCUCAAAGACGUAGCUCAAAAGCACACCAUGCUUCCACAUGUACAAUUCAAAACAAAAGUGACACAUGCUGUAUGGCAGCAAGAUCGGGAGCAAUGGCAAUUGAAAGUACUUGAUUUAACGAGCAGUACGACACACAUUGUGAAUUACGAUAUCAUAUUCUCGGCUAUGGGGACGCUGCGAAUUCCCAAUAUACCCAGUUUGUACAAGAAAUUUACAGGGCCUCUUAUGCACACAGCUAAGUGGGAUGGAUCAAUUGAUUUAAAAGGCAAGCGAUUGGCAUUGAUAGGCAGUGGAGCAAGUGCCGUGCAAGUCAUACCCCAUCUCGCUAUAGAGUCAAGCCAAUUGAUAUCGUACCAAAGAACUUCGCCCUGGGUAGUGCCACAAAUCAUCUCAACCAUAUCGGACGGCACCAAGCAAAUGCUUUCCAAUUAUCCGAUACUGAUGCUCAUGUACCGCUGUAUACUCUUCAUCCUUUAUGAUCUUCUCUACAUAUUACUGGGUUAUCCCAACUCGUUUCUGACAAGAUAUUUCGAGAAGAAAGUUGCAACUGAUAACAAGGAGACGAUCCUAGGACUCGGCAGACCCGACCUGGUAGACGAGGUAUUGCCAACAUACCCAUUGGGAUGUAAACGCGGUGCAUUUUCCACAAAUUACUAUCAAACCCUGGCUCAACCUCAUGUCAGAGUGACCAAAGAUCCUAUUGUGGAUAUUCAAGACAGGCACAUCAUCACAGAAGAUGGCACAUCAGUUCAGGUAGAUGUGAUCGUGUUGGCUACUGGUUUCCAGACGCAUGACGGCAUGCUAGGUGACAUUUCGAUUGUCGGUAAGCACGGCCAAUCCUUACGUGAGAUGUGGAAGGAGCAGAGACCCCAGCUUUUCAAAUCAACUACUAUCCACGGAUUCCCCAACUUGUUCAUGCUGCUUGGUCCGUAUUCCGUCCUGGGCCAUCAUUCACUUGUAUUCAUGGUUGAAACGCAAGUUGCUUAUGCCAUCCGCUGUAUCAAGGAGCUGACAUUGAUCGAACCUAAAAAGUCGGCACAAGACGACUACAUGGCUCGCAUCGUCGCCAAUUUUCAAGGCACGUCCUGGCUAUUAUCCUGCACCUCGUGGUACAAGAACGACAAGGGCGAAAUCAUCAACUUGUAUCCUAGUUCUGCCACCAAGUUCAAAUGGGAGUUGAGUCGGUUCAACAAGCAAGACUAUACUCGACAUGAUGAAACAAUGAUACUUGCCGGUCGUACGGAUCCAAACUAA